AUGGAUCUUCACAGGCCGCUAGACGGAAAUAAGAGCUACAAUGAUAUGACGCCCGAGGAAAAGUUGAGAUACGACCACAUGCAGAUGCAUGAGAAACACAAAGGUCAUGAAUCCAUGCACUUGACCAUGAUAUUUGUUUUAAUAGGAUCUCUGGUUGUCGCUCAGAUUAUAGUUUCACAAUGGAAACAGAGACACUAUAGGUCGUACUCAGUGUUCACAAUGGUAGCGAUGUGGUCUAUACCUGUGAUCCUAAGUCUGAAGGAAGGUUGGAUAAGGUUUAUAAUGUUCUGGUUGAUAUUUACUUCCUGUACUGGCCUCGUGAUAUGGAAGUCCUCGCAUAAACCCAUGUCGGCCUCCACACCAAGAUUGGUGUACAAAUGGUUCUAUUUCCUAUACAAAGCAAGUUGUUGUGUGGGUGUUUUUGGGUAUAUAGUCAUGAUAUUAACAUUGAUGAGUGUUAAUACAUUUUUCGGUUCAAAACCUCAAGCAUGGCUGGACUUGGCACUGAUGUGUUUGUUCUAUGGACUUUACUUUGGCACUUUAGGCAGAGAUGUCGCAGAUUACUGCUCCGAUAAAAUGGCUACUUCAAUAGGGUAUUACACAAGAGAGGGUAUGCCAACACGUCAUCUAGAAAGCAAUGUUUGUGCUGUUUGUGGGAAUGAGUUGUUAGUGUCUGAACAUGAGGAAGGAGUUAUUGAGAACACAUACAAGCUCCCAUGUUCCCACGUGUUUCACGAGUUCUGUAUCCGCGGCUGGUGUAUAGUCGGCAAGAAACAAACGUGUCCGUACUGCAAGGAAAAGGUGGACCUCAAAAUGAUGUUCACAAACCCAUGGGAUCGGCCUCAGUUAUUAUUCGGUCAGCUAUUGGAUUGGAUCCGUUGGGUCGUGGCCUGGCAGCCAUUGGUGUUGUUCUUCGCUCAAGCUGUUAACUGGUUACUAGGACUGGAGUAA